UACACAUCAAACUGACUGGGUACUACUUUAUCGUAAUUCGCCCCGGGUACUUCGUCGGUAUCCAUUCAUGCUGUUUGCGGCCGGUGCACCCGAUUUGCUGUGACGUCGAGGUUUUCCGUACAGCCUGGCAACUUCUGAUCGGUGCCUCACGCCAUAUGUAUGGUUCCCGGUUGAAGCAGCACUACAGCCCUUCGAUUCAAUGUAAGGCGGUAUAUUAAUCCAAGGUCCGUUUCCUCGCUCUUGACCCAGUUCUCUCCGAUUACUACAUAUAGCGAUUUUGACGACGCCCACUACUGCCAAACCUCCCUCCAGACGACGGUCAUGACUCUCUGGAAUCUUCUCACAACCGCCAUACCAAUCGUCGAGCGACCUUUCAAAGAUAAUUCAAAGUAUACGGAGAUCAGACUCGGCGUUUGGCGUAUCAUCAUCGCAAACGAAUCCCUGUCCUCAGUCAGACUUCCCGGCUUGCGGUUUUACCGUGAUAUUGCGAACGCUAUCCCCCUCAUCCGCCGUGCAUGUGGGGAUUUGUACGCAAUUAGUCCUUCGAUGCUUCUAUUCCUGAUCUUGGCAACGCUGUGGUGUGCUGUGGAAGAUACGCUCUCGCUUUAUUUCUCCAGCAGGUGGUUUUCCUACGUAAGGCUUUCUACUUCUUUUGAGCCAUGUGGUCAGAUAAGAUGCCGGCUGACGAUGGUAGAUCGAGCAUCGGAUAUCCCAGAGUCCAGAAGAUCAGUCUGGAAACGAUCUGUUGUGGGCUGCUGUAGCAAGGAUACUGUGUUCUUUGUUGACGAGCAUCAUAAAUUGGACAUCUGCAAAGACAACGGAAAUAUAUAGGAUGCGAGUUAAGCAUAGUAUGGAAGAGCGUCUGUUUGAAGGUUCGUACUCUCCAUCUGUUACCC